UGGCGCCUCGCGCUGCCCCCUCCCCUCGGGGCGGCCCCGCGGAGCCGGGCGGGCUGCGGGAAUGGCGGCGGCGGCGGGCGCUCCUCCUCCGUCCCCUCCGCCGCCGUGAGGCGCCGGCGGCAAGCAGCUUGAGGCGGAGGAGGGGCUCCCACGGUGCCGUUCGAGAUACGGCUUAACUAUUGAACGAACGCUUCUGUUUGGAAUGCUCUCCCUGCUUCGUGGCAGAUCCAUUGCAGAGAACCUCCCCUGAUUUCGUGUGGCGAGGAUGAAUUGGUUUCAUCAAGUCUCCACCUUCCCGUGAUGGGCUUCAUUCCUUUCCAUUGGGUCGUUGCUUUGCUCGAUACCUCCCCUUCCUGAGUGAAGCCUUGGAGAGCUCCUCGUUCCGUACCAAUGUCGCUCUUUAGGAGAAGACAGCAGGCAGACCACACGUUCUGCCACGUGGACGGGCAUUCAGGCAUAUGUUUUCCCCUUGUAACACCCCAGCAGCUGCAAAACCUACACGGCCUCUACUUGGCCUGCAGGGUUGAAGUCUGGAUCUGCAGUGAAGAGGCCAGACCCGUUUUGAGGAAGACAGCCAGGAGCAACCAGCUGUGGGAUACUGGAAACCACUAAUGCCGUCCAAAGGCAGCAAGAAGGAGCCAGAGACUGGAUGCCAGAAUGCAGGCAGCGGGGAUGACAGCCAGUCCACUGAGCAGCGCAACGUCUCGCGUCUCCGCAGCUCUUCAGUGGAGAUCCGGGAAAAGGGCUCUGAGUUUCUGAAGGAAGAGCUGCACAAAGCACAAAAGGAGCUGAAGCUGAAGGACAAAGAAUGUGAGAGACUGUCAAAAGUCAGAGAGCAACUGGAGCAGGAACUAGAAGAGUUAACAGCUAGCCUGUUUGAGGAGGCACACAAGAUGGUGAGAGAAGCAAACACAAAACAAGCGGCGUCAGAGAAGCAGCUGAAGGAGGCAUGGGGAAAGAUCGACAUGCUGCAGGCAGAGGUAACAGCUCUGAAGACGCUUGUGAUCACAUCCACACCUUCCUCUCCAAACUGGGAGCUACACCCUCAGCUCCAGAGCCCUUCUAAAGCCGUUUUCAGGAAAGGCCACGGGCGAAACAAGAGCACCAGCAGUGCAAUUGUCACAGCUGUCAGCCAGAAUGCAACUCCAGCACCAGUCAGUCGUGAGUGCAAAGAGUCUGGGGUGCCUGCUUUCCUUUCUCUGCUCCUUUGUAUCAUCCCUGGGAAGGCUAUCCACUUCACCUAUGAGCCAGGCUGGCAGGCACUGGGGGCAGAUGCUUCCUCACCGUUGCGGCAGAUUGAUUCCAUUUUAUUUGCUGAGUUCCAGUCCUGGAAGGAAUCUCCAACUUUGGAUAAAUCCUGCUCCUUUCUGGACAGAAUUUACCGAGAAGAUGUAGGACCUUGUCUGGACUUUACUAAACAGGAGCUGUCUGAGCUGGUGCGAGUGGCUGUGGAGCAGAAUACACUCACCAUUGAGCCUGUUGCUUCCCAGAUGCUGCCUGUGGUGAAGGUGUCAGCAGAGGACUCUGGUGGGCCAAAGAAGUGUGCUCUAAGUGGCCUCCCCAGGACCUGCAAACACCGCAUCAUGCUGGGGGAUUCUGGGAAUUACUAUUACAUUUCACCAUCCUGUAGGGCCAGGAUCACAGCUGUGUGCAACUUCUUCACGUACAUUCGCUAUAUCCAGCAAGGCUUGGUGAGGCAAGAUGUGGAACUGAUGUACUGGGAAGUGAUGCGACUCCGGAGGGAGAUGUCUCUGGCCAAACUUGGGUUUUAUCCCAGUGAGAUGUAAUCAUCAGGAGCAGCCUGAGCUUGGAAGGAAAUUGCUCCUGUAUGAAGGACUCAUCAGUAGUGGUCUGCCAAACAGAUGAAUGCAGUGCCUCUCCAGCAGUGGCCUUGCUCCCUCCUCUCCCUCCCUAUGCCUGAUGCUGAUCAUGGAGCAAAAAGCACAAGUUGUACCUUCAGCUGUCCCGUUCCUCCCACUGUGACUGGAAUGCAGCUGCCAAGCUACCCUCUGAGAGCUGGGCUGGUCCUGGCUGCUCAGGGAUGAUUGUCUACAGACUGUCCUUUAUGGAGAUAUGCAGUGUAUAUCCAUUAUUUUUAAACCUUUGUUUUUAUAUACAGUCUGCUUUAGCUUAGUCUGAGGCCAGCCCUGUGCAAAGCAGAAGUCCUGGGCUCCCUUCUUAGUAAGCAAGUCUUUCAGGACAGAUGCUGGCAGUCUGUCUGUCCCACUCAUUCUUUGGGGUGGAGGGUGCUGAAGCCUGCAAGAGAAUCUUUCUUCCAGCUGAGUCACAGGAAGUCUCUGUUUUUAGCUUGGGAUUUGGUGCUGGGUGCUUGUAAUCCAGCUGGGGGGAGCAAGUGGGGCUGAGGCCAGAACUGUGCACGUGGGACCUCUGGGAGAAGGAAGCAAGCAGGGAAAUUGCAUAAUUUGCAGCUGGUCACAGCUUGGCUGCACUCAGUGCUGGAUAUUUUCUCCCAGCCUUGAGAAUCUGGUGUUGUGUCAUAGGCAGAUGCAGACCUUGUUAGCAUGUUACCAUGUGCACGUUCUUGGUGUGGAAGUCCCUGGUGGUAUUCCUAGAUACAAACCUCACCCACAAACAAAUGCCUUUGUUUUGUUCCUACUCUGAGGGUGAAUUUGGGUACUGUUCACACUGUUUAGAUGGAAACCGUAGUCCCAGGCUGAGUUCUUUAUGUCCAGAAGGAAUAUGCUCAUGUUGGGCACAGCCAUGAGGCCGAGAGAUUCCCUCUCUGCUCUAACACUAGACUUAGAGAUGCAUGUCCAUUUGGAAAACCCAGUGUCCCUCAGGCUGCCAUACCCAAUGAGGAAACUUGAGGUAUUUUUGCACAGAUGAGAGGUGUGGCUGUGUGCUUCAAAACGUGCUGGGAAGGAUAUCACUACAGCUUUUGGAAAGUGGAGGCCAGCUGUAGCUCAGACUUGUCUGUACAGAACUGAACUAACAGUGUUGUAGCUGAUGUAGCCCUUUCUCAGUCACUACCCACUCCAUUAGGUUCCAUCCUUGCCACAGUAGGAAUUUUCUUCCUUUGCUGUAAGAAAACUGAGCUGCUGUGGUUUUGUCCAGGAGAGGGAAGAACUGAGUCCAGCUCAGACAUGGCUGACCUGCAGGCCCCAUUUGUUACCACCUUAGUUCUGCUUUUACCCCUACCACUGAGUGCCUCUUGUCACCCUAAUUGGAUGAGUGCAUGCAUCAGCUGCUCUUCACUGAAGCAAUGUAUUUCAAAUGUGGAGUAAAAGCCUGGAAAAUACAUCUUUGGGUAAGAAUCUGCAUCUGAUUUAUUGGCACCUGCAGACCUGUGUCAAUCAGACAUCAGCUUUUGCCAUGGAGAAAAUAGAAAUGUCUUUUUCCCUCAGCUGCAGAUUUCAGGUCAGUCCUAUCCCUGGCGUUUGUCCUUGUGUCUGCUCCCCCCGACCUUUUAAUCUCUACAUGUCAUCCUGUGCCAUUGGCUGCUACAUUGCAGAACAGAUGUGGCUACAUUAUAGCACUGGGGAUGGGAUGAUCUCUGUGUAGGAGGUGGUUUGGGAGAUUGUUUCCCCCCAGUGUCAGUUUGUAAAGCACUUGGAGAUAAAACGAGUUGGAGAAAUGCGUUGUAUGAGGUUGUCUUACAUUUAAAACAAAGCAUUGAGAACAAUUUGAAAAUUAAUACGAAGUCACUCCGUUAACAACAGGAUGGUUGCACCUUUAAUGAAGGAAAAAUAAACACUUGCUGUUGGCCUCCUCAAA